CUACGUCCUACUGAAACUCCAAGGUCUUGUUAAAAUGGUUCUAAAUGAUUCUAUGUCAUUCUCAAAAUCAAAAUCAUUAACAACAUUGAAAGGAUAUAAAAAAUUAAUUGCUUCUUAAUUUUAUUAAUGCAUCUGUAUCUUGCAUGAGUUCAAAAAUAUGAUCUCCCACGCUGAAGCCAUCUAGGUACAGAUGUUCUUAACAGAUGAAUUAGACUGGCGAACACAAGCCGUGGAAAAUGAAACAACGUUCAAAGGUUAGAGAGAGGACGCCCAUACAGGACACACACUCAUGGUGACUAGUGAAUGAACGGACGCAGAAAAAACUCAAUUGUCCAAGAAUAGUUAACGAGACUCUUUGGCAGACGUGCACACAACGUCAGUAUGGUAGCCACGCUUGUAUGGACAUCGUUAGUCACGUUGGUCAGUCUCGGGGGGUACACUGCUGUUGACGUCAUUCAUAACCAGAACUGUACGUCAACUGAUAACGGCAUCGUACUACAGGUCCAUUGUGAGGUGCGCUCUGGACUGAACUUCUCAGAUGUUCGUCGAUGGGUUCUACAGCAAGUCAGGUCAGCCAUUCAUCUGGACAUCGUGUGUGUCGGUGGGAACUUGACUCUCAGUCACCCAAUGGAGGCAGGAAAUCUGACAGAGCUAAGAAUUAACAACUGCGUCAAAAUAAAGGGCUUAUUUGCCGAGUUUCAGGAGCUGGACACGCCACCGCAGCCAGCCUCUGGAACGUUGGAGGUUUUAGAAAUCAUCAAUUCUUCGUAUCUGUAUAAUAAAACUGGUGUCUUGGAACAAGCUGAACGUUUGCAGAAAAUCUACGGAUGUAUGACCUUUUUCCCGCGGGGCUUACGUGUCUUGAAGCUGAGAUAUACAAAAUUUGAUAAGAUGAGUAAUUCUAAUGGUUUUGAUGGAUUCCAAGACAUGCCUUUUGGAAACAUUUGUUACUAUGACAAUUUGGAGAUGUAUGAAAGAUCGGGCUUUCAGUCCCCUUUUGGAAUAUUAGAUCGAAAGAUCGAAAAUGAAAUAUUUUAUUUUCUACGAUUUGGAAGUUUCCAAAAAUUGCACACUGCAAAUUUUUCAGACGCAAAUUUAGAAUUUAUACCGGCCCGUUUUACGGAAUACAACUGGUUUCGCCAAUUCAGGUCACUCAGAAUAAUUGAUCUCUCACAUAACAGAAUAAGGGAGAUUCCAUAUCUUAGAAGACCGAAUCAUUUUGGUAAACUGAUUAAACUGAUUCUGCGUCAUAAUAAUAUCUCAAGAAUCACCAAGACCUUGAUAGAAAAACUCAAGAUGAGCAACAUGGCUGUGGAUUUUGCCAAGAACAAAUUCGUUUGUGCGUGCGAGAGUGACUUGGAACCAGUCCUCCAAUUUGUCAGGAAUCAGAUUGAGGAGUCCUGGGCCGUCAACUACCAUUAUCUAGCCAACGAAACCUGUUACUAUCCGUCAAGCCUACAAGGGAUGCCGUUAAGGUCUUUGGACUCUUUGGUUCUUUGUCCAAACAGCCCUUCUCGACUCAGAUCGUGGACGUUUCAAGAACUUUAUAUUGGUUUAAUUGUGCUGACAUUUAUAACAAUUGUUUGUCUUGUUGUGAAGUUUAGGAAAGAGAUUAAGAUAUUGACCUAUACGAGGCUAGGAAUCCGCUUUUGGAGACCACAUAGAAGUGGCGUCAUUCGAUUAAAGGAGUACGACGCAUUUGUUUCGUACAGCGCUCUGGACGAGAGUUGGGUGAUGGGGACACUGUGUAAGCGUCUCGAGGGUCUGUGUCCACCGCUCAGGCUCUGCCUCCAUCACAAGCAUUUCAUUCUUGGGGCAUGCAUCUCUGACAACAUCAUCGAAAGCGUAGAAAAAAGCCGCCAUACCAUCAUUGUCCUCUCCCAGAACUUUCUACAGAGCGAGUGGUGCCUGUUAGAGUUCCGUAAAGCCUUCCACCAAACUCUGCUGGAGAGGAGGCGCCAUUUGAUCGUCAUUCUGAUGGACCAGAUUAACCUUGACACCCUGGAGCCAGAGAUGAACUACUUCCUUCAAUCCCACACCUAUCUCAAACGGACGGACACCCUUUUCUGGGACCGUCUUAUUUAUGCAGUGUCUGACGUGUGCUCUGCGCCAAUCAAGUCGGCUGCAAAGGAGGUAUCUACCACUUUAAACAAUUUGGAGGACGUUCCUCUAGAUCCUGAGACGCAUUAUAGCAUUGAGACGAAGUGAAACACGGACAUUACACACAAAGUCUGCGGCAUUUGGACUAAUUUUCUUUUAGAGUUUACAUGUGUAUAUUUGAUGCAACCGUUAUAUUUAAAGUUAGGCAUGUAUUACGUUUUUAUACUACGUAAGGUGAAUUAAUAUAAAUACCGUAAACAAAAAAAUCUAUGUCAGAAUUUUAUUUUUUAUCUUUCGUUUCAUAUUUUCUUUUUAGUGGCAUUUUAUAUUCUUAUAGUGGCGUAGCUACAUUGAAGCACUCUAAGCACGUGCUUACAAAUUGUUUUAAAAACGUUGGGUUUUUUUUUAAUUGCAAAUUCCGAAAAAAAAUUCUGUUUGUGUCGGUAUUUUUCCACAAGCAUCCUGAACUUGUUCUUAUACACGUAGUAAAUUACUAGCAAUACACAUUUCGAAAUUUGACUUAGUCGUAAGAUCAAAUUAACAAAUGAUAAUUUCAUUACAACCAACUGAUCAGCUCUUUAAUCCAUGUCAAAAUGUAUAGAAGCAACACAGUUUAGGCAGGCAUCUAUCCUCCAAGUAAGAUCUACUAAGUUGUCAGAACUUGUGUCCGAACCAUUUGAAUAUGUAUCUUUUAUAUAUAUACAAUAAAAUAUGUUCAAAUCAAAUCCUCCCAAAAAAAUUUAACCUCCAAAAACGGAGGUUGCCUAGAGUUGGUAAAGGGUCAUGGUAAUAUAAAAUUUCAAAACAUGCAAAAGAAUGCAUAGUAACCGUGAAUUACAACUUUAAUUGCUUUGUCCAAGAUUAAAAUUACUGCCACCAUAUUUAAAAUUGUGCUUAGUCCCAGUCUUACAAAUAUUUUUGUCCCGAGCUAUGCCACAGUCUAAUUUGACUAUGGAUUUUUGGUUAAUAAAGGUUUUUUUUUCUAUCACUGAUGGAUAUCGUGCUGUUUGUCUGAUAAUGUUUUAAGAAGUACAACGGUAUGAAACAAUAUAGAUAUUACAAGUCACCAAAAUAUUACAGAAAGACCC